UCGCCGUUAACCACGGUUGACAUGUGAACUGUCCCUUCCACGCUUUAUCUGCUCAGUCCUUUGAGAUGGCUUUGCUUGGCGCUUCUUUUCUCGCUGUAAAGCAUCCCCUCGAAUCACCAAACCUGGAGGUGUCAUCUUCCUUUUGAAUCCUUGCUUUGCAGACAGUCAUGGCAGCCCGAGUUCUUGUAAUUGGCUCUGGAGGAAGGGAACAUACCCUAGCCUGGAAACUCGCACAGUCUAAUCAUGUCAAACAAGUGUUGGUUGCCCCAGGAAAUGCAGGCACUGCCUGCUCCGAAAAGAUUUCAAAUACUGCCAUCUCAGUCAGUGAUCAUGUAGCCCUUGCUCAGUUCUGCAAAGAUGAGAAAAUUGAAUUUGUAGUUGUUGGACCAGAGGCACCCUUGGCUGCUGGAAUUGUUGGGGACCUGACCUCUGCAGGAGUGCGAUGCUUCGGCCCCACCACAGAAGCAGCUCAGUUGGAGUCCAGCAAAAGGUUUGCCAAAGAGUUUAUGGACCGACAUGGAAUCCCAACUGCACAAUGGAGAGCUUUCACCAAACCUGAGGAAGCCUGCAGCUUCAUUGUGAGUGCUGACUUCCCCGCUCUGGUUGUGAAGGCCAGUGGCCUUGCAGCUGGGAAAGGGGUGAUUGUUGCAAAGAGCAAAGAAGAGGCCUGCAAAGCUGUACAGGAGAUCAUGCAGGAAAAAGCUUUUGGAGCAGCUGGAGAAACAGUUGUAAUUGAAGAACUUCUUGAAGGAGAAGAGGUGUCUUGUCUGUGUUUCACCGAUGGGAGGACUGUGGUCCCCAUGCCCCCAGCACAGGACCAUAAACGAUUACUGGAAGGAGACCUCGGACCCAACACAGGGGGAAUGGGAGCCUAUUGUCCAGCACCCCAGGUUUCCAAGGAUUUGUUACUAAAAAUUAAAAAUACUAUUCUUCAGAGGACAGUAGAUGGCAUGCAGCAAGAGGGCACUCCAUACACAGGAAUUCUGUAUGCUGGUAUAAUGCUGACGAAGGAUGGCCCAAAAGUCCUGGAGUUUAAUUGCCGUUUUGGUGAUCCAGAGUGCCAAGUAAUUCUCCCACUUCUCAAAAGCGAUCUUUAUGAAGUGAUUCAGUCUACCUUAGAUGGCCUGCUGGGCGCAUCUCUGCCCAUUUGGCUAGAAAACCACACUGCAGUGACAGUCGUCAUGGCAAGUAAAGGUUAUCCUGGAGCUUACACCAAGGGCGUGGAGAUAACAGGCUUUCCUGAGGCUCAAGCUUUAGGACUAGAGGUAUUCCAUGCAGGCACUGCCCUUAAAGAUGGAAAAGUAGUGACCAGCGGCGGUAGAGUCCUUACAGUAACAGCAGUCCAGGAAAAUCUCAAAUCAGCUCUUGAGGAAGCCAAGAAAGGACUCGCUGCUAUAAAGUUUGAGGGAGCUGUUUAUAGGAAGGACAUCGGCUUUCGUGCCAUAGCUUUCCUCCAGCACCCCAGGAGACUAACUUAUAAGGACUCUGGGGUAGACAUUGAAGCUGGAAAUACGCUGGUUAAGAAAAUUCAGCCUUUAGCAAAAGCUACAUCCAGGCCUGGCUGUGAUGUUGAUCUUGGAGGUUUUGCUGGUCUUUUUGAUUUGAAAGCAGCUGGUUUCAAAGAUCCUCUUCUGGCCUCUGGAACAGAUGGUGUUGGGACUAAACUGAAGAUCGCCCAGCUGUGCAAUAAACACAGUACCAUUGGUCAAGAUUUGGUUGCAAUGUGCGUGAAUGAUAUUCUGGCACAAGGAGCAGAGCCCCUCUUCUUCCUUGAUUAUUUUUCCUGUGGAAAACUUGACCUCAGUACAGCAGAAGCUGUUGUUGCUGGAGUCGCUGAGGCUUGUAAACAAGCUGGGUGUGCUCUCCUAGGCGGUGAGACAGCAGAAAUGCCAGACAUGUACCCUCCUGGAGAGUAUGACCUGGCAGGCUUUGCUGUCGGCGCUGUGGAGCGGGAUCAGAAACUCCCUCGCCUAGAGCAGAUCUUGGAAGGGGAUGUCAUUAUUGGAAUAGCCUCAUCUGGUCUCCACAGCAAUGGCUUUAGCCUUGUGAGGAAAAUUGUAGCACAAUCUUCACUGGAAUACUCCUCUCUCGCACCUAUUGGUUGUGGUGACCAGACUCUAGGAGACUUACUUCUAACUCCAACCAGAAUCUACAGCCGUUCACUGUUACCUGUCAUACGAUCAGGACAUGUCAAGGCUUUUGCCCAUAUUACGGGUGGAGGAUUGCUAGAAAACAUUCCCAGAGUCCUCCCUAAGAAAUUUGGAGUGGAUUUAGAUGCCCGCACCUGGAAGAUUCCUAGAAUCUUCUCAUGGCUACAGCAGGAAGGGCAGCUCUCUGAAGAAGAGAUGGCCAGAACAUUUAACUGUGGAGUUGGAGCUGCUCUCGUGGUUUCAAAAGAUCAAGCAGAGCAAAUUCAAAGAGAUAUUCAACAGCACCAGGAGGAGGCCUGGAUGAUUGGCAGUGUGGUUGCGUGCCCUGAAGGUUCCCCACGUGUGAAAGUCAAGAAUCUCAUGGAAACCUUGCAGAUAAAUGGGUUGGUAUUCAUGAAUGGCUCCCUGAAAACUCAUUUCCCUGCCCAACCUAAAAAGGCAAGAGUGGCUGUCUUGAUAUCUGGAACAGGAUCGAACCUCCAAGCACUUAUAGACAGCACUAAGGAUCCAAACAGCUCUGCUCACAUAGUUGUUGUUCUUUCCAACAAAGCCGCAGUGGCUGGAUUAAACAAAGCUGAAAGAGCUGGUAUUCCCACCAGGGUAAUUAAUCACAAAUUAUAUAAAAAUCGUGAGGAAUUUGAUAAUGCCAUUGACCAAGUUCUUGAAGAGUUCUCUAUAGACAUAGUCUGUCUUGCAGGAUUCAUGAGAAUUCUGUCUGGCCCUUUUGUUAGAAAAUGGGAUGGGAAAAUGCUCAAUAUCCACCCAUCCCUACUCCCUUCUUUUAAGGGUUCAAAUGCUCAUGAGCAGGUCCUGAAAGCUGGAGUCACAAUCACUGGGUGUACUGUGCACUUUGUAGCUGAAGAUGUAGAUGCUGGACAGAUUAUUUUACAAGAAGCUGUUCCUGUGAAGAGAGAUGACACCAUUGCAACUUUGUCUGAAAAAGUAAAAGUAGCAGAACACAAAAUAUUUCCUAAAGCCCUUCAGCUUGUGGCCAGUGGAACUGUACAGCUUGGAAAAAAUGGCAAGAUCUGUUGGGUCAAAGAAGAAUAAAGCCAAUUUUGAAAGAAUUACUGCUCUUUGCUUGGUGGCUUUGUAUAUAUACUGGGCUUAAAAGAAAAAAGACUUCAUUCUUAUUUUGUUGGC